UUUCCGAUAUCUCCUCCCAAACAAAACCGAGGAGUAUCCAUCAAUUUUUAGUAUGGCCUUUGAAGUUACAAAUGAACUUUAUAAACUUUAUGUCUUAAAGUUGUAAUUAAAAGCAUAUCAUUUACACGAUACCGCAAAAUGAAUGAAGCGAAGCCUAUCGUUACAUGUCAUGGGAAUAAAUCUCUUUUUACUUCCUUAAACCCCCUUGUUGCACAAGGAUUACCUAAAGAACCAUGUGAAUGGCGUAGAUCUUAUGGCAGAGCGCCAAGGAUGGUUAACCUUGAAGCAAGUCUUGUGCCUUAUGAUGCUGAUAUAUUACCUGAAGAAGAGGAGAAAACGCUUGUUAGUCGCCCGUACUUUCAUCUGUACUGGGCAGAUGGUGAUGUUGAAGCGUAUAAACAAACAGUAAAAGAUGAUAUAACUGAGUGGCUAAGUGCUCUUAAAGCCAGAAACAUUCAGGACUGGCUUAUUGUGGUUGUAAACAGUGAAGAGAGCAAGGUCAAGGCUAAACUUUUACCUAGGUCAUCUGUCAUUGAUAAAGUGAAAAGUGACUUUUGUAGCAAGUACCAAGAAAGGUGCAUUGUGUUAACUGAGCCAAAUAAAUUGGACUCAAAAUCAUCAGAAUCCUGGUCACAACUCUUUCAAAAGUUGCGCAGUUUGCUGUUACAGGCCUUUAAUAGGCACCUGACCAAGUAUGAAGAAAAUAUGCGAAGUCGGAGAGAGAAACGCAAUGAGCCAGGCUGGAACUAUUUCUCAUACUUCAUAAUUCAGGAAGAACUAGCUUUUAUGUUGGAAAUGUUGGGGCUAAAGGAGGAUGCUCUAAUACAGUAUGAUGAGCUGGAUGCUAUGUUUGAUCAGUUUGUAGAGAACUUUGCCAAUGGAGAUACUGUCAAAUGGCUGACACAUGUCAUAAAGCCCUGUACUAGCUGGGCUGGUGUAUCUCUGGCAAAGUCUCUAGAUCUUGAACUUAGAGAAGAGGUGAAGCAGAAUAAUGCCAGCUUGCUUGAGUUUAGAAACUAUCUGUUCUGUAGGCAAGCAGCCUUGCUGUUUCAAAUGGGCAGGGCAUGGGAAGUAGCCAUGAGAGCUAUGGACUACUUGUAUAAUACUGUUGUGGAAAUGAAAGCUUUAGAGGUUGAGGCUCCAUCAGGGGCUGUUUGUUGUUGGGGUUUCCUGGGCUGUCUAGAAGUGUUACAUGCUUGUACUGUACACAAUGCCUCACAGUUAGAUGAAAAAUUUGCUUUAUACACAGCCAAUUUAUGGGACUUUGCUCACAAAAAGUUAAGAGAGCUUGGCCAUCUGUGUAGUCUAAUGCCAGGAUUGGUGCCCACAUCAGCGCAGCUUAGUUUAGUCGUGGAUCUCGUAUCUGGGAUGGGGCUCUCUGCAGAAACUAUAUCCAACUCAGAACAGAAGCCAGUUGAUAAACUUAGAGAGUCAUUGUCUUCCCCUGAGUCUUUCAAAAAACAUUAUUUGGAUAUGUGUGAACAAGCCAUGGGUACAUACAAAUAUAUAGGAAGGUAUCGCUCAGCCAGAAUGAUAGGCUUAGAGCUAGCUGACUUUUACAUGAAAAUCAAGGAACCCUACAAAGCAGAAAAUUUUCUUCUAGACUCUAUUAGAAUGUACCAGCAGGAAGGCUGGCACCGUUUGGCUGAUGGCACCUUGUUGCAACUGGCAGCCUGCCAGAGGUUGUUGAAAGAUCCAGACAAGUAUCUCAAGACAUCUUGCCAUAUUGCUUGUAGUCCACACUUGGCACAGAGUGACAGAUCUAAUUAUUUUAAUGAACUUAUUGAAACCUUAGAAAAAUAUACAGAAUGCAAGACAGAGAUGAGAGCUUCCCAUGCUGUUUUCAUUGAGAACAUCACACUGAGUAGUGAUUCCAUUUGUCUGAAUGAAGAACUGAAGUUAACAGUAGAUUUGUUUAGUAAUUUUCCUAAUUCUAUCACAUUUGAUGAAGUAAAGAUAUCUUUGCACAGUUGUAAAGAUUCAGAACUGACUGAACAUGAUGACCAGUCACAAAAUCAGCAAAGAAACAAAACCCACAAUAGACAACCAAGUGGAACACUCAUUUCUUUUGAGAAAAUGGCAAAUUUUCAACCUGUGACCAAAAACCUUCCCAGUCAAAUAGACUUUAGUACAUCUGUUGAAAGGUCAAAGGGCAGAUUAGUCUCUUGUGCAAUAGAAUGUGCCAGCGCCCACCAGCUUUUGAAGAGAUCUGACAGCGCACCCUCAACCAACAACUCAACUGCCAUACACAAGGAUGAUUUCACCAAUUGUUUCAGCCAUCCCACUGUUACCUUGACCUCAGGCUACAACAGUCUGACUUUUACAAAAAAGAUGAAUCAAAAAGGAGUAUUUCAACUUGGUCAGAUUUGUCUCAGGAUUAAGUCCUUGGACCUUUUAAAGUCAGUGUCCAGUAAAGUUAUCUUUAAAGUUGUCAGCGUUGAACCAACAUUUACAUUAACACCUAAAGAAACCAAUCACUUUGUGUGUGGUAUCAACCAAGAGGGAGUACUGUCCUGUUCAUCUGGGAGUUACUCUUUGAAAGAUUCAUCCACACUAUCAUUCACGACAGAGCCAUUAUUUAACCUGACUAAUACCAACAACACAGAAGAUGUCUUGUUGAAUGCUAUGGAUCCUCACACUGUGCAGGACAUACCUGUAAACGUUUAUAUGAAAUUAGAUAAAGACAGUGCCUCUAUGGUUAAAAGCAAGAUUAACCUAACAGUGAAUGAAUGGAAAAAGUCACUUUCUAGUCAAAUUGAGUUUGUUCAUCCCUUCCGAGCUGAUCACAGAGUUUACACAUCUGGCAAACAGAAGUACUUUCAAAUUGUCAUUCAUGGAACAACCAAAGCAAAUUUUGUUUUGUCAAGUCCAUGCCUAGAAACUCCAAGCUGUAAAGAUGUUGAGUUUAUACUGCUCAACAGACCCGACCAGAUAUUGCCAGUAAAUGAACAUCAAAGUUUGUCGUUGUUAUGGCAACUCAACAGCAACAUUCCAGUCGUACCUUCUUUAGACAUUGUGUUUUCAUGCACCUACUCUAGUGUGUUGCACAAAAGCAACGAACUCCAUCAAUAUGAGUACAGCUGUUGUAUUCAAGAUUUCCAAACACUGUAUAUUCUGUCUUACACUGUGUCCAGCAUCGAAGAAGACAAAUCCUGUACAACAGGAGAAACAGCAAUCUUAGACAUCAAAAUAAAACAAGUUAAAGAAACCAAUCAGUUAGAAGGGGUUAAACUUGCUUACUCAGUACACGCCAAUGGAAAUGUCUGGGCCAUUGGUGGGAAAUCAACUGGUGUAUUUACAAUGAAGGAAAGUAAAUAUAGUAUUGCACUGGAUGUGGUACCAAUGCAGCCUGGAUUUCUUCACUUUCCUUUGGUUAGCUUGCACAAGUAUAUGGACUUAAUAGAAGAUCAUGGGAGUGAUGAGCAUACAGAGUCAGAUAAGGAAUCCUCCCAAAUACAUACAACCUCAAGGGCUAAAAGGACUGUUUCCCAAAUUUCUACCUCAUCCACCUCAUCACAGUUUACCUCUCAUCUUGUGGACUUUAACCCUGGUCAGGUGUACAAUGAGAGCAGAAGUAGGCAAAUUCAUGUGAACCCUUGUCAGACUACAAGUGAUAUUGAUGUGUCUUUGGUUCAUUAAUAAUGUAUACAUACAAGGUUUUUAAUGUUUAAAAAUAUAUUGAAAUUUCAUAUUUAGCUUUCUAAAUAGCUAAUUAUCAUUUUAGAAACAAUUAUUAACAUUGUGAUAUUUUAAAUAUAUUUAUGCAUGCAUGAAAAAAAAUAUUCCAAAUUAUUUUUGUCACAAAUAUUCAUUAAUUAUUAUGUGAAAAGUCUUUGAAAAUUGUAGUGCAAUCAAAUUAUAUAACAUUGUUUUUGUUCUUUUGCUUUAUUUUUGAGAAAUUUGUUUCCGAUAUUUCCAUGGUUUAAAUAUUUUAUCCCGUAAAAAAAAUUCAAUACAUAAUUUAGAACCAAUAUUUAAAAAAAUAUAAAAUUGUAACUUGCAUUUGUACAUGUGUGUCAAAGAUAAGUAUAUGUAUUGUUUUUAAUUAUGGAAAAAUCACCUAAAUUUAAAGUUUAAUUUUUAAAAUGUAGUUUAUGGAGUGUGUUAAACUCAUAAUAUAACAGUAAUGCAUUCCAUUGGUUUAAUUUUAAAAGAAUCUGUACAACGUACAUUUUGAUUAUUACAUUAUUUUCUGUAAUAACCUAUCCAGUUGUAUGAUUUUAGUAUUCUAUCAAAUCAGCGCGCAUUAAUGCACAUAAAGGUGUACUUGAAAUUUUUCUGCGAAUGUAUUUUGUGUCAGCAUUGUCUUUUGCUAUGUUCUGAUACUGUUGUUUAGCUGUUUAAGAAAAACAUAUUUAAAAAGUUAAAUGUUUACAAAUUAGUGAAUAUAGAAUCUAGUUGCAACUAUAGAUAUGUACAUGUACAUUCAUAGUAUAAUUUAACUGUAUGAAUAACAACCCACUUUCAUUUCUAGGCCAUUAAAAAUUGUCUCUAUAGUAAAAAAUAUUACACAUAUUCAUUUUUGUAUUGUAAGUUCAUGAAUAUGAAUGAAUAUACAACUCAGCAAGGUAUGGGCAUGAUAAUUUUUUACUUUUUAUUUCCAAUAGCUCAUUAAGAAGUUAUGAAAAUAAAUUCUGAACUUUAAAAUG